AUGACAUUUCUCGUGACAGGAAGAACUCUGCCCACGCCGGUGUCCUGUAAAGUGUGCGGUGAUCGAUCAUAUGGUAAACAUUACGGUGUUUAUUGCUGCGAUGGUUGCUCGUGUUUCUUCAAGAGAUCCGUGCGUCGCGGCGCUUUGUUCACCUGUACAAAUAGCGAUGGCUCUUGCACCGUCGACAAAGCCAGACGAAAUUGGUGUCCGCAUUGCCGUCUAAAAAAAUGUUUCUCCGUUGGCAUGAAUACAGCAGCUGUGCAGGAAGAGCGAGGACCACGUGUUCGAAAUAACACGCUGUCAAAUCCGCAUAAUUCUAGUCUCACCUGGAAGCCUGCAGUCGAUUCAUCAACGGCUCUUUGUACGCGUUUUACUAAUUCCGAGAUAUAUUUGCCCUUUAAAAAUCUCACACCGAACAACACUUUGAUGAUGAAGACAUUACACGAGUCCGAAACUGGGGAGAAUACAUUUUUACCUGUCAUGUCGCGUCAUAUACAGCCGACAAGAAUUAUAUCGCCUGGUACGGCUAUACAGUACGAGAUAUCCGCGCAAAUAUUCCUGGCGGCCGUGAGAAGUGCACGUCGUCACCGAGACUUCUCGAUGCUAAACGUGGAGGAGCAAAAUAAGAUUCUCCGUCGUGGAUGGUCCGCUCUUUUCGUUUUACGUGCGGCCACAUGGCCGGUUGAUUUAAUGAAUAUACGAGAACAAAACAUAACGAACAACGACGGUGCAACAGCUUAUCUGACCGCGGCGCGAACCGCGAUCGCAAAAUUGCAGCUCGACAACGUCGAGUUGUGCAUCCUGGACACAUUCGCGCUGUGUCGUCCCGAGAUUGCCAAUACUACCAAUGGUUUCCACGUAAUGUCACAAGCGAGAGAUAACGCCGUAGAGGCCUUAAUACGACAUCUUCGACAUCGCGACGAUCGAGACAACAAAUUGGCCAGGAUUCUAUUCGUCCUACCUGUUCUUACCGGAUGCUGUCCUCGAGAAUUGGCUGGAGAAUUAUUUGCGCCGAUUAUCGGCGAUGCAGAUCUCGAAAGGGUCAUCGCGUCUGUGCGAUAAAUUCUCUGCAAUC